AUGAUGUUGACUAAGAGCAAAUUAGGCCUUUUGGUAACCACUUUUGUUGCAGUGUUAACACUUUCAGAAGUUGUCCAUUGUGCAGAAAAGGGUGUGACUUAUGAUGAAAGGUCACUCAUCAUCAAUGGUCAAAGGAUGCUUCUUUUCUCUGGCUCGGUUCAUUAUCCGCGUAGUCCUCCUGAGAUGUGGCCAGACAUUUUGAAGAAAGCCAAACAAGGAGGGCUCAAUGUGAUUCAAACUUAUGUUUUCUGGAACAUUCAUGAACCUGUGCAAGGCCAAUUCAAUUUUGAAGGAAAUUAUGAUUUAGUAAAGUUUAUAAAGAUGAUUGGGAGUCAUGACCUGUAUGUAACACUUAGAGUUGGACCAUUCAUUGAAGCAGAAUGGAAUUAUGGAGGAUUACCAGUAUGGCUAAGAGAAGUUCCAAACAUUACAUUCAGAUCAGAUAGUCCACCUUUCAUGAACCAUAUGCAAAAUUUCACCACAAUGAUCAUAAAGAUGAUGAAAGAUGAGAAGCUUUUUUCAUCUCAAGGAGGUCCAAUUAUUCUGUCACAGAUUGAAAAUGAAUACACAUCUGUUCAACAGGCAUACAAAGAACACGGCACGCGGUAUAUUGAAUGGGCAGGAAACAUGGCUGUCGGGCUAAAUACUGAAGUUCCAUGGAUCAUGUGCAAGCAAUUGAAUGCACCAGAAUCAGUGAUAAAUACUUGCAAUGGAAGGUACUGUGGAGAUACUUUUGCUGGCCCUAAUGGUCCAAAUAAACCUACUUUAUGGACUGAGAAUUGGACAGCGCAAUACCGAACAUUUGGAGACCCGCCAUCUAUAAGAUCAGCUGAGGACAUUACAUUUGCCGUUGCUCGUUUCUUCUCAAAGAAAGGCACACUUACUAACUAUUACAUGUAUUAUGGUGGAACAAAUUUUGGAAGAACAACAUCUUCUUUUGUGACAACUCAGUACUUUGAUGAAGCUCCUAUUGAUGAAUAUGGACUGCCAAGGGACCCGAAAUAUGGCCACCUUAGAGACUUGCAUUCUGCUUUAAAACUUUGCCAGAAAGCUCUACUAUGGGGAACUCCGUCGGUACAAGAGUUGGGUAAAGAUUUAGAGGGUAGAAUUUAUGAAGGGAAAGGAAGUGUUGCAUGUGCUGCUUUCUUAUCCAACAACGAAACCCGUUUUGCAGCAACUGUGGAUUUCAGAGGGACUAAGUAUAUCCUUCCUCCACGUUCUAUAAGCAUACUUCCUGACUGCAAAACAGUUGUAUACAAUACAAGAAUGAUUGCUUCACAAUUCAGUGCAAGAAACUACAAAGAAUCAAAGUUUGCUAAUAAACUUGAAUGGACAAUGGUUAAAGAGAUUAUUCCUAUUCCUGAUGCUUCUCAAAUUAAAACAAUGGAGCCUUCAGAGCACUUCAGCACAACCAAGGAUAACAGUGACUAUCUCUGGUUUAUGACAAGUAUAAAAGUGGAUCAAGAUGACUUACCCUUGAAGAAAACUAUAAGUCCGGUUAUCGAAGUAGCGUCUCUCGGUCAUCUUUUGCAUGCAUUUGUCAAUGGUGAAUAUAUAGGAUCUGGAAAUGGAAACAACACAGCAAAGAGUUUUAGCUUCAAAAAAGCAAUAUUCUUGAAGCCAGGAGAUAAUUACAUAUCAAUCUUGGGUGCAACUGUUGGAUUCCCUGAUAGUGGGUCUUACUUGGAGCACAGGCUUGCUGGGGUCCGUGUGGUGCGGGUGCAUGGCCUUAACAGUGGUACCCGUGAUCUGUCAUACAACGGAUGGUGGCAUAAGGUAGGUUUAGAUGGUGAAAACCUCAACAUUUUCACAGAGCAAGGCUCCCACAUGUUUGAAUGGACCACAGUUAACAAGGGACCAGCUCCUGCUCUAACAUGGUACAAGACUACCUUUGAUGCUCCAGAAGGAAAUAAUCCUGUUGCCAUUCAAAUGGAAACUAUGUCCAAAGGAAUGGUUUGGGUGAAUGGGAAAAGCAUUGGCCGAUUCUGGUCAUCGUUCCUCUCUCCUUUCGGAAAGCCUUCUCAGCCAGUGUAUCACAUUCCAAGGGCAUUCUUGCAGCCGAAGAAGAAUCUUCUGAUUGUAUUGGAGGAAAUGGGAGGGGAAUUAGAUGGUAUAAAGAUCCUAACUGUGAAUAGAGAUACAAUUUGCAGCACAAUAGGGGAACUUUAUCCUCCAAAUGUAGAGAUAUGGAGCAGAGAAAAGGGUGUGAUAAGGAGCAAUGUGGACACUCCAAUACCAACAGCAAACUUGGUGUGUAUGGACAACAAAACAAUUACUCAAGUGAAUUUUGCAAGUUAUGGUGAUCCAGUGGGAAGCUGUGGCCAUUUCCUUCUUGGAAAAUGCAAUGCACCAGAUAGCCAAAACAUUGUGGAACAGUACUGCUUGGGAGAGGCAAAGUGUUCAGUGCCUGUAGACAAGAAUAUUUUUGAUAAGGAUGGAAACACUUGUCCUGGAAGUCCAAAGACUCUAUCCAUUCAAGUGCACUGCAGUCAUAAGAAUGUGCGAUCGCAUUCAUCAACUUGA